AUGGACAACAAAGGAGGGCCAUUCCUGCUGGUGCUGGUGCUGGUGUCAAGCCUGCUCCUGUGCAACAAUGUGUCCUCCAUGCCCACCUGUCCCAGCGGGCCAUUCACCUGCAGAGUGCCUCUGGGAGAACUGUUUGACCGUGCAGUCAUCCUAUCUGACUACAUCCAUAAUCUCUCCGCCGAAAUGUUCAAUGAGUUUGAUAGACGGUACACCCAUGGCAGGGGGUUCAUUACCAAGGCCAUCAAUGGCUGCCACACUUCUUUACUUCCUACCCCUGAAGACAAGGAGCAAGCCCAAAAGAUCCAUUAUGAAGACCUUCUGAACCUGGUCCUUACGGUGCUGCGCUCCUGGAAUGAGCCUUUGUAUCAUCUAGUCACGGAAGUACGUGGUUUGCAAGAAACCCCUGGUACCCAAGAAUCCCUUGGUAUGCCUGAAACCCUUGGUACGCAACAAGCCCCAGAUGGCAUCCUAACCAAAGCCAUAGAGAUCGAGGAACGUAACAAACAACUUGCAGAAGGCAUGGAGAAGAUCAUCGAACAGGUGCAAACUGGAGCCAGAAGAAAUGAGCCCUACCCUACCUGGUUGGGAUUUCCAUCUCUGCAGGUGGCCGAUGAAGACACUCGCCUUUCUGCUUUCUAUAACCUCCUCCAUUGCCUACGCAGGGAUUCUCAUAAGAUUGACAACUAUCUCAAGCUCCUGAAGUGCCAAAUCAUCUAUGAUAGCAACUGCUAA